AUGAGCGUGUACCACAACGUACACGAAUUUCUGCACGCCAACAAAACGCCUCUUAUGAAAUCGAGCAGCCCGAACGUCUUCUACACCAAACUUCCAGAGCAUCAUCGCUCGAACAAGUCGUUGCCGUCACCGUUUACAGUGUUGAUUACGUCACCAGUACCAGAUGGAACAAUAGGUAUGAUCGCUUAUCGAUUUAUUGAUCGACUUGUCGCGGUCGAUUUCCACACAUGGCCGCCACGUCGGGCAACUAGAUUCGCUCGCUUAUCGUGGUGUUCAUCAGAACUUCUUGUUAUGGGUUUUUGUGCCUGUCCCGUUGAAGUGCGGUAA